GUGGCUGAGAGCUAUAAAAGUGACUCACCAGGAGUCUGAACAACAGGAGGAAGAAAGGACUUCCCAUCAGAUCUCCCACACCUUUACAGCUAUCAGUUCAGUCUGGUGUUCAGCAGGAUGAUGACUCCCGCUCUCCUCUCUGCAGCCCUGAUGCUGCUGCUGCUUCCUGGAUCUCCAGCUCAAGAUUCUAAUCAGACCCCCAUCAGCAUCCACGUGACCAACUCUGUGACAAACGCUCCCAAUAAGACCUACACCACGUUUGUGGUUUUCAGAGGAAUCUUACUGGGGGGAAUGAGGAGACUGCAGGACUCCAAUACAGACUUCAAGUUCAAAUACACAGAGGAUCCAAACUACGGCCCCUUCCUGACCAGUGUGAACGGUUUGGCCGGAUGUUCAGAGGAACGAACCUACUGGGAGCUGCUGGUCAAGAAACCAGACAACCAAACCAUCAGGCCAGAUGUCGGUAUCGGAUGUUACAUUCCGAGUGCAAACGAUCAGAUCAUCCUCAACUUUAACAAGUACUAAAGGAUGAGCAGGACAUCAACAUGGGAUCAAAGCCUGAAAGCAGUUCUUUGUUUUUCAAAGAUUAACAUUCACCUGAAACCCAUUUGUGUUUCAUAUCUCAUGCCAUAAGAUAUUUAACUGUAUGUGUAUGAUGCAGGAACAACUAAGAAGGAAACAGUUUAUUUCACGAAUCCACCUCCACCCUAUAUUUCCUGCUUGGUAACCAGAUACUUCCUCAUGGAGUUUUCGUGUCAUUGGGUGUGUGAUUACAUAAUACUAUUACACACUUGAAAGUGCGUUUUUUUAAACAUUUGAAUUAAAACAGAACAAUAAAACUCUCCUUUUGCAGC